AUAGGAGGAACAUUAAGGCCAUUCCUAUUCUUCUCAUGGAGGCGGACUCUACAUUCAAGGCCGCGAAACUUCCUGGCUUCUAACCGGACGAGGUUCCUGAGGACUACUCGGCAACAUGAAGAUUCCGGUUUUGUUCUCAUUCAUUCUUAUUUCUCUGUACACCAAUGCAGUUAAAUCCAUAGGAUCUAGUUCUAAAAACAAGAAUGAUGAAAGUAAAGCAAAUACAGAGGUUAAGAAUGAAGUUGUAGAGGCAGCAGCUUCCACUGUAAGUGGAGAUAUAGCUAUCGACACGUCUGCAAUUGAUAUUUCAAGACCUGAAACAUCAAACAUCUAUGGACUUGAUUUUGGAGCAGAUGAUGUGAAAUCAAAAACCUUUUAUCCAGGAAAUAGCAUCUAUACAACUCGCGUUUUAGAUAAUGGAGUACUGAUCUGGGAAGGUAAAGGGGAAGAGAAAUGCCAAACAGUGGAGUUUUAUUCUAAAGGAGACUCCAAGUUGUUAAAGCUUUUAAUCAUUGUGGGAAGUUCUUCUAACGUCGGUAACGUCUACUUUGAGAAAGUUAAUGGUAAGUGGAAGAAUAUAGAAAAGGGAGUUGACUUUGAUAAGAAACUUGAAGGAUUAAAUAAAUGAGUAGAUCAGCGAUAACUUAGUACCUACAUGUCAUUAGUAAAACCAAAAGUUGGUAGAUUUAACACAUGGAAUCACAAACAACCGAUCUGGUUUAUGUAUAACCUAAUCGCAUUUCUUGUAUCAUGUAGAUGGACUAGGUGUAUUAGUACACUAACUUUAUAGUCUCUACAUCCUUCUUAGACGAGUCUAAGUUGCUCGUUCAAAACUGUUGAGGAUCAGACAAAUCUACUGACUCCAGGAAUGGAUCUAAACUCACUCUUCUUGAGCUAGUAGACUUGUGAUCAUUAAAAGUACGUUAUUUCAUGCUGUAUAACUAUGAAUAGCCCUUUUACCAUGGAUGUAAAGGGAACUUUUGGUACAAAAGUGGAAGUAUAAGGAUAGCGAAUUGAUUAAAAUUAAGCCAGUGAAUUACCACAAGGAAUGAAGCGGAUGUUAUCCACGGAAAUAUCUCAAGCAUGAAUAUUCUUUAAACAAGACUACUGAAUGCGGUUUGGAUAGUUCCUCAAGAUUUAAAAAAUAAUGCAGUAAAUCCUAGAGACAAAUAUCUAGGUUAAGUCCACCUUUUAAUCAGUAUAAUCCAAUGUUUUGUCUUUAU